AAUUCCAAUCCUUCCUCCUAUAAAGCAGACGAGACCGGACGCCAGUUCUUCCCCAUCAUCUCCAAACCAGUUGAACAAGCAGAAAACCUCUCGAUCUCUCAGAUCUCCUAGGCCGGCAAGAGGGAUUUACUGUUCGUUCUUGAAGGUUCGAUGGACGGAGAGGUGAACAUGAACAUGACGAUGAAGAAAGAGAAGAGAGUGGUGGUGGCGGUGGACGAGAGCGAGGAGAGCAUGCACGCCCUCUCGUGGUGUCUCAACCACCUCAUCUCCGCCGACCAAGCCAGCAACGGCGGCACCACCACCCUCGUGCUCCUCUACGUCAAGCCCCCUCCCCCUGUUUUCUCCGUCUUCGACGCCGCAGGUUACAUGUUCUCGAGCGACGUGAACGCGGCCCUGGAAAAGUACGGGUGCGACUUGGUGAGCUCGGUGAUGGGACGAGCGGAGGCGAUCUACAGGAGCUUCAGCGCCAACAUGAAAGUGGAGAGGUACGUUGGGAAAGGGGAAGCGAAAGCCGUGAUAUGCAACGCGGUGGAGAAACUCAGAGCGGACACCCUGGUCAUGGGAAGCCAUGGCUACGGCUUCAUGAAGAGGGCUCUUCUGGGGAGCGUGAGCGACUACUGCUCGAAGCACGUCCGGUGUCCCGUCGUGAUCGUGAAGCACCAUCCAGCCGAGGAUAACUGAGCAAUUCUCUCUGUACUUAAUGUUAGUAUAAUCUCGUUCCUGUCGUUGAAAGCUACGGAGUUACUGGUCUCGAUCUGUGGGCAGCUAGAUGUACAUACGAAGCAGUCAAGAAAGUUUGAGGUGUUUUGCUAGUUCUGCAUGUUGGUAAUGGACAAAAUAGGCCUUUUUCACGAGUUAUUUUUAGUAAAAAAUUCUAUUAUCGUGCCGGGUUUGAAGUUUCGGUGGGGGAAUUGGCUGGGUUCCGAUUCUACGUUGUGAAUAAAGAAAACUUUUUUGACUCUUUGGAGUUUGAA